AUGGGUAAAACAGGUGGAAGACACGAUUUUGAAUGGGUCUACAAUGAUCAGCCGCACACUUCAAGAAGAAAAGAAAUUCUGGCCAAAUAUCCAGAGAUCAAGUCUCUAAUGGGUCCAGACCCCCAGCUGAAGUGGGUGGUAUCAGGCAUGGUCCUAACCCAGCUCCUGGCCUGCUACCUAGUCCAUGACCUCUCCUGGAAGUGGAUCUUCUUCUGGGCCUACGCCUUCGGAGGCUGCAUCAACCACUCCCUGACUCUGGCUAUCCACGACAUCUCUCACAAUGUGGCCUUUGGCAACAAGCUGGCGAAGUGGAACCGUUGGUUUGCCAUGUGGGCCAACCUGCCCAUUGGGUUGCCUUACUCUGCCUCCUUCAAGAAGUACCACAUCGACCACCAUCGCUAUCUGGGUGGCGACCAGCUGGAUGUUGACAUCCCUACAGACAUUGAGGGAUGGUUCUUCUGCACCCCGGCCAGGAAGGUGCUCUGGCUUUUUCUCCAGCCCUUAUUCUACGCUCUUCGCCCAUUGGUGGUCAAUCCUAAGCCAGUGUGUUGCUUGGAGAUCCAGAACGCAGUUGUUCAGCUCACAGUAGAUUUAAUUAUCUACAAUCUAUGGGGGCUGAAGCCCAUUGUUUACCUGAUUGCAGGUUCUAUCCUGUGUAUGGGACUGCAUCCCAUCUCUGGACAUUUCAUAGCCGAGCAUUACAUGUUCCUGAAAGGACACGAGACAUAUUCUUACUAUGGAUCACUGAACUUGAUCACCUUUAAUGUUGGGUAUCACAUGGAGCACCACGACUUCCCGAGCAUACCUGGCAGUAAGCUACCUCAGGUCAAGCAAAUCGCAGCAGAGUAUUAUGACUCCCUGCCUCAACACACUUCCUGGAUCCGGGUAUUAUGGGACUUUGUGUUUGAUGACAGCAUCGGCCCCUAUGCCAGAAUCAAACGGGAGUACAAGCUAAGCAAGCAGGAAUAAAUCUGUGACUAAUUAUGUUUCACUCUUUAUGUUUCCCUUUAAAGAGGAAUGUGAAUUUCAGUCAGUUAAUAAUCUAAGUGACCACUAUGAAAUAUUAUAUUCUCUUGUUUAGAUUUUGUGUGUGGCUGUUAUUGUACAUAAAUGUUAUACAUGUUCUCACCUAAAUCUGUCCUGUCCUGUACUGUGACUAUAGGACAAAUGAAUGUGCACAUUUCAGUUUCAUACAUACAGUUAAUGGAAAUGGGAAGAGAAUUCGGUUACAGCUAGGUUGUUUCCUUCACCCUGUUAGUUUUCAUGCUUCUAUUCCUGCUAUAAACAGAAGGCCCCUUUGCUGUGAUACAGGGAUGGCACUGAUACAAGAAGGAGAAAAUGAUGAUUACAUUAAUAUUUCCUUAUCUGCAACUGGAGACAACAAUGAUAAUAGUAUUCAGAACAGAAAAACACCUCAUUUUUAUAGGUUACAGGUCACAUACAUUCUCAUCAUCUCGGAGAUGUCACUAGCUCUGUGUUCUCUUUUUCCUGCCGAAUGUCAGGCUUCUUAAGAAUUUCUUUUCUGAGAUUCUCAGAAUUUCGAUUCUGAGAAUCAAGGCUUACGAAAGCCUCUCAGAUUACUCAAUACAAUUUCACCAUUGAUCAUGCAGAACAGUGCUGAGGUGGAAAAUGAGCAUUGAAACUUACCUGUCAGUAAGAGGAGCCUUUUCUUCAGUGACGCCCCAUUCUGCUUGUUUGCAGCUCCAUUGUGCUGUAAACAUGUUUGAUUAUAUCUACAGGAAGUGGACAAAAUAACAGAAACACUGUAUAGUGCAAAAGUAGUAGUUCUUUAGAAAAUUCAAGUUUGAGUCUCUAAUGUUGCUCAGCAAAUAUUCCAUUAAGACUCUUUGAGUCAGUGUUAGUGAGAGUGUUAGUGAGGCCACUGGUCCCCCUUGCUCAUGCAGUUUUGCCAUUUUUUCUUUCCCCUGUCUUCAUGAGUUUAGAGAUCGCCACCCUGUAUAAAUUUUGGGUGGUCACAGCCAGUGCACCAGCAAUACAGCCAGUGACAAAUAUUAAUCACAAUUUUCAUGUUGUGAGUGUGCCAGGCAACAAGAGAGAACAAUUACGCCUGAUAUUCACUUCCUGAACUGCAGGUGCAUCCAACACAAAAUACAAAACGAUACGUAAUGUCAUGUUGAAAUAGGCCAUAAAAAAGAAAACAGCAUUAGCAAAGAGGAGCAGUGGUCACAAGUUGUCCCUGACCUUCACUCAAUGAAAGUCUUCUAACGACAGCAAAGCAGCACUUCUGACUUACAAAUAAAAACAUUACAAGCUUGACCAAAUUAGCAAUUACUGCAGAGCCAUUCUAUUGCACAGUGUUUGUUAUUUUGCCCACCUGUAUGUACAUCUUAAUCUAUGUGUUGUGAUUGAUAUUUGUUCUUUAUAUUUAAAUGACUGUACUAUACAUGAAAACAGUAAAAAAAAUUAUAGAUUACAACUAUAAA